GCUUCGCAAGACCAGUUGGAACCCGACCACCGCUUGAGCGCCUUCGGCAAUUGACGAUCGUUGUCGUCCGAUAAACAAAAACAAAGCAGUGACAUAAACAAAAGCAUGAUGAUAGGGACGUUGAAGAUGUAGUGCGGUGCGCGAGUGUCGGGAGUGUGAGAGUUUAACCGUAGCGUAGCGUUGCAAUAUGGUGACUUUAAUGCCUUGCAAUUACCUGAACGCACAAACUUCAACCAGGUGCACAAUGAUCGAUAAAAUGUGCGAGCCAAAGGUCAAGCGAUUAAGGACCGAUGGCGACAUAUCUGAAAAGGAACGUCUGCCGUCAGAUGGAGGUGGCAGCCCAAUGGGCGGCCAAAGCGGCUCUUCCACCUGUGAGUCACCGCCCUCCCCUUCCGCAGCGACCGCUCCCGCACCUGCCCCCGCCGCCCACGCUACCCCCGAUUCGAUGCCGCCUGCACCUGCGUUGCCGCCCACAAGCUUCUCGUCUUCAACAUGGCCGCUACUUGACACACAAGGUGUAAAAACUGAAAUUCGGAGUCCAAGCCUAACUGAAUCCGACUGUGUCGGAUCGGCCCAGGACUCAUUUUACAGUUCACAUUUGGACAUAGGCAAUAUUUACGAUAAGGAUUAUCAUCAAAGUUAUUCUCAUCCCUACUACAAUAGCAUGCAACCUACGCCUGGUACGUACGGCUCCGCUUCCUCAGCAAGCUCCGCCCCUAACUCCGCCUACAUCGCAGCCGCAGCAGCUGCCGCCGCUUCCCCCUUCUACGGCAGCCCCGCCUACGCAUCCUAUUCGGCCGCUGCGGCAGCGAGGGGCGGGGCUUUGAAUCCAGCGGCAUGCAAAGUGAACGCUGCGUCGGGCUACGGUUCCGCUCCUUCGCCCUUCGGCACCGCCCCCAGUGGACAGUCGCAAUACUCGGCGUACGCUGCGUAUACGGCACCGACAGCGGCCGCUUCAGGGGCGUUCUCACAGGGGUUCGCUGCUCAGGGUGUAGAAUACAGCUCAUAUGGUACAACCUACGCAGAUUCACAAACGUCUCAGUUUGCUUCAAGUUACUAUGCUCAAAGUUAUUCACCGUACGUCAGCUCGCCCAGUUCUAGCGGAAGUAUAGGAGCCAGUUCCUACCAACUGACAACAUCAUCAAUUUUAGAUAAUUCAACGAAUGGCAUCUCCCUAGGAGAUAGUGGUUCCACAUCACCUUUGAAAGUAGACAGUGCUCGAAGAUCGAGGGGUGACACAGCAAACAGCACUGGGGAAUCCAGGGGCACGAGAGGAAGGGGUAGAAGAACAAACACUGUAUCUCCUACAAAACCUGAGUCCGCUACAAACAGGGUCUUCAUUUGGGACCUCGAUGAGACAAUUAUUAUUUUCCACAGUUUGCUCACUGGCAGCUAUGCCACAAAAUACCAAAAGGAUACUCAAAGUGUUGUUCAACUUGGGUUCAAAAUGGAGGAGAUGGUGUUUAACCUUGCAGAUACACAUUUUUUCUUCAAUGAUAUUGAGGAGUGUGAUCAAGUUCACAUAGAUGACGUAUCCUCGGACGACAACGGACAAGAUCUGUCAAACUACAAUUUCGCAGCCGACGGCUUCCAGACCAGCGCAGGGGGCACUGCGGGUAGUGGGGGAAGCCUAUGCCUCGCUUCGGGGGUCAGGGGUGGGGUAGACUGGAUGAGAAAACUCGCGUUUAGGUAUAGGAAGAUCAAGGAGACGUAUAACAAUUAUAGGAACAGCGUUGGAGGCUUGCUAGGGGCGUCAAAGCGAGAUGACUGGCUGCAACUUAGAGCUGAAAUCGAGGCUGUGACUGACAACUGGUUGACGUUAGCGAACAAAUGCUUGACGCUGAUCAAUUCUAGGAGCAAUUGCGUCAAUGUGUUGGUCACGACGACGCAACUCGUACCGGCGCUGGCGAAAAUACUUCUGUUCGGUCUAGGAGGGGUGUUUCCCAUCGACAACAUCUACUCUGCUACAAAAAUAGGAAAAGCAAGCUGUUUCGAAAGGAUAGUAGCAAGAUUUGGCCGGGAGUGCACCUAUGUUGUAAUAGGCGAUGGACAAGACGAAGAAGCUGCUGCCAAAGCUUUAAAUUUUCCCUUUUGGCGGAUAACCAGUCACAGCGAAAUAGCCGCGCUGUACAACGCUUUAGACAUGGAUUUCUUAUGAUUCUUUUCCUCUUCCUUUAUCCCUUGCUUAUGUAUAAAAUUGUAUAUUUUAUAAAUAUAAAUAUAUUAAGAUGUAAUUUUAAAGAGA